CGUAAUCUUUUAUCGAAAUAUAUAUCGAUAGCCAUAUCCAUAUCAACAAUCAGCCACCCACUACCCACCCACAAAUUCAUAUCCCCAUUCUCCUUCUCCCAUAGCAGAUUGAACAUGGCAGACAUAAGUAGGUACGUGUAGUAUGUACAUUACCACGCCACAAAAUGGCACCACCACCACUACCACUACCAACCACCCAGCCAGCAAGCAAGUCAGCAAGCAAGUCAGCAAUCCAGCCAGCAAUCCAGCCCAACAACAAAGGCGGUCAGCAAAGCCGCUCCCGCACCACCACAGCACCACAGCACACAGCACACAGCACACAGCACACAGCACACACUUCCAAAUGACCAGGGGGAAGGUAAGUAACUCGGUCGUGCAAAAGGUUCGUGCCACACCUGGGACACCCCAUCCAUUCCAUCCAUCCAUCCAUCCAAUAGAUAGCCUCCUCCAUUCCAUUUCGUGCUACGGGUGACGCGUGAUGUGGAGGGAAGAAGUGGAACGGAGAGGGGGGGCCCAAAUGGACGGGGUGGAUGGAGUGGAAUGG